AAUCUGCAAUAGCAUGGCUGACUGCAGUAUGCUGCCUUGUUAAUUCUGCUUCCGUUCUCAUCUUGAGUACAUUGAAAGUGUUCAACCGCUUCAUGCAAUAAAGUAGUGCUGGUUCAAGUGGAGUAAAAGUUAUUGUACUAAAACAUAAUGUUUGCUUUUUUUUUAAUUUUAUCAACAGGUCCUUGAUAAAAAGUGCCUUUUCUGGAGUCUGUGUUACUUGGAUCUGCUUUUAGGUCUGUCUGCUCUUCUGAGAUUUGUUUGCUGCCAAUUAAACAAAUGUCUGGCCUACCGUGCAACUGAAAACGGAAAACGCCUCUGCCGCAUCUUCAGCUGCUUGUCUCCUUUUCAACUGUCCGUAACAUCAAAACUGGAGCGAACUGAUACACGAGGAACUAAAUCAACGUACAAAGAGCGGAGUGCACUGACGACAGUAAAAUCACUAGCUGGUAGAGACUUGAGAAUGAUUGAUUAGUAUUAAUCAUAUUGCAUCAAAAUAACUUUUUAAUAAAAGCAACAAAGUGCUGCAUUUGCAAACGUAAAAUAUAAAACAGCCAGACGUGCCACCAACAAGAAGAGGUGAAAAUCCUGUGUCGGAAGGCCGCAAGUCCCAGUCGGUGACUGAUCAUUUGCUGACUAAUUGUCUGUUUUAAUGUUGACUAGCAGCCAGAAAAGCAACUCUCCAGCAGCAUUUUAUGAAGUAAUCUUCUGCUUUUAUGAUCAUUAAAAAUCAUUCGUAUAUUUUAAGGAAAGAGAGCUAUAUUUUUAAUUUUAUUUCUAAUAACUGCUGCCUUCUUUACCCAAGAAUCCUGAUAUUGAGCUGUUCUGAACCACGUUUCACUUCAACGAUUUAUUAUGGCUGUAAAUGUUACUCCAGUACGUGAUACAAAAUGGCUGACGUUAGAAGUGUGCAGACAGUUUCAGAGAGGGACAUGUUCACGCUCAGACCAGGAAUGCAAGUUUGCACACCCACCAAAAAGCUGUCAGGUUGAAAAUGGGCGAGUUAUUGCAUGCUUUGAUUCCCUUAAGCCCACAAUCAAAAAUACAGAGAAACAAAAAGAUAGUCUUUAUACGUGGCAAGGCAGUCGGACUCCAUGUGCAAAUAACAGUUGCAAGCUCCAUUCCAUGAAGGGCCGUUGCACAAGAGAAAACUGCAAGUAUCUUCAUCCGCCAAUGCAUUUAAAAACGCAGUUAGAAAUUAAUGGCCGGAACAAUCUCAUACAACAGAAAACAACUGCAGCCAUGCUGGCACAACAGAUGCAGUUUAUGAUGCCAGGUGCUCAAAUUCAACCAGUUCCCACGUUUCCAGUGAAUCCUGGCACGGGAGUAAAUCAUCAUCCUUUUAGUUUUAGUCCUUUUCUGGCACCUGUGCCUCACAGUGUCGGAUUAGUUCCAACAGAAGUUCUCUCUAGUGCCCCUGUACUUGUCCCUGGAAGCCCACCUAUUUCAGUUGCUGGAUCAGGAAAUAUGCCGAAGCACAUGAGGACAGACCGAUUAGAGGUGUGCAGAGAGUUUCAGCGAGGGAAUUGCACACGGGGUGAGACCGACUGCCGCUUUGCUCACCCUGCAGACAGCACAAUGGUGGACACCAAUGACAACACUGUAACUGUCUGUAUGGAUUAUAUCAAAGGUCGAUGCUCAAGAGAGAAGUGCAAAUACUUCCAUCCUCCUGCACAUUUACAAGCCAAAAUUAAGGCUGCUCAGCACCAGGCCAACCAGGCUGUGGCAGUAGCUCAGGCAGCUGCUGCAGCAGCGACAGCAAUGACUCAGUCGGCUGCCAAAUCUGUGAAACGACCCCUCGAGGCAACCUUUGACCUGGCCUUUCCACCUGGUGUCCUUCACCAUUUACCAAAGAGACCAGCCCUUGAAAAAAGCAAUGGCACCAGCACAAUCUUUAAUCCCAGUGUUUUGCACUACCAACAGGCUCUAGCCAAUGCACAAAUGCAGCAGCCAACAUUUUUUCCAACAGGGUCGGUGUUUUGCAUGACUCCUCCAGCUACAACUGUUGGUCAUACUGAAAUAGUGAACCAGAAGCAGCUGAAUGCUCAAGACAUCUCUAUGGAAACUCAUGAACAGGCUUAUUGUAAAUACUAUCCUCUUCCCUCCCCACCUGCAUCUAUAUUAGGCUUACCACAGCCAGCAUGCUAACCAAAUUAAGAGAAAAUCUAUUUAGAUUAAGCAAGAAUACAAAAUCAUGACAGGAAAUUCAUCAUAAAUUUAUGGAUGUAGAUGUGUUCAGACACAUAUUUAAUAUUCAUAUAUACUGUAAAUAACCCUAGCACUGCGACAAAUGUUACAAUCAAAGAAAAUAGUAUAUCUACUUUCUGAUGUCUCAUUUUGUGGAGAUGUUUCACCAUUACAUUCUAUAAAGAGUGUGAUAUGGUUAUAUUGUUAAUCUGUUAUGAGAUCAUUGUAUACAAAAAAGACAGCACCUACAGGGUUGGAAGAAUCCUCACAGACAUUAUAGACAAUAAUGCUCCAUAGAAAAUAGAAUCCCAUUUUGAAAAUUAGUGUACAAAAUGAGUUCCUAAUUUUUCAGUAGUAACCUAAUCAUUCAGUGGAAAAAAAAAUGAUUGAGUGAUCAACACUUUUUUUUUUAAACAGAACAAACAUGAGCAGUGACUUUUAAUAAACAACAAUAAUAUUUCUAAGUGAACACAAUGGGUAUAAACUUCAUAUUAAUCUGAAACAUUGCACAGACGUAAUUUGACUUAUCAAGGUUUGUUGUCUUUGGAUUGUUUAUGCCUUUGUUGCCCGACAAGCAAAACAUGAAAGGAUGUCCUUCUUCCCAAUGUAAUGCAGUAACAUUGAAUUGUUUAGUUCUACAUUGGCAUCAGAAGAUGGAGGAUCCUUUAGUUUGUAAAGGCAACUUAUUUCCAAGUAUGACGAAUUAUGUCUAACUCUGAAAUCAAGUUCUCGACACUGAUUGUUAUGAAAGAGGAUUAGAAAUGUGGAAGUGCAGAGAAUGUGGCUAGCUACAAAGUCAGACAGGAUUACUUGCAGAGACAAAGCUUGUCUGUUUUACUGCAGCUACAGUUGUGCUUGCUCAAGAUAUCCACUGUGUUAAAAAGAUUCUUCUGACUCUGAAAGGUGCACCAUAUUAUAAAUUCAUUUAUAAUCCAGAACAUGAUAUAUGUAACAGUGCCUAAAAAAAGAGGGACAAUUAUUCACGAUUAUGUGCGAAGUGUAAGUUGUACCAAAACUGUAUUUAGUGUGUUUUCUCAUGUUAGUAAAGCAGACAAUUUAGCUGGCAAAAUUUGAUGAAAAUCUAGGUGGAGUAUAUGAUGAGAGGAAAAAUUAACUUUUUUAAAAAGAAAUAUUCUUUUUCUAACAAAAAGGCUCUUCCCAAAUAAAAUUGCACCCUAAUUUCACUAUUGACGUUUUACCGGCGACAGUGCAAAGGUGGGGGCUGGUAAUUUUAUUUUUUCUUUAAGCCAAAUUAUAUCCUAAGACCGUAAAUCUUACCAAAUUUAUUGUCUUUAUUUUACAAGUCACAGUAAUCCAAUAGUGACUCUAAUAUAAAGUUUAGAAGAGGCAUCAGAUACAACAGAGCAUUGUUCAACAAAAUUAGUUUGUAGUGUCUAAAAAUUAAACACAAAAUACACAAAGACUCUAGUAUAAUGUUUGAGUUCUGUCAUUAAGUUUAUUUUAGUGCCAGUACAGCAAUCAGUAACCACAAUAAAGUCAGCAUGCAGCAUACAAAAAUAAAAAUAAAAAUUUUUUUAUAUUUUUUAAUUGUACCUUGUAUUUAAAGAAUUAUUGUUUCAAGAUUUAGUAAACAUUUUAGCUAGAUCCAUCCAGCGUAAUGAUUAGAAAUUAAUAGCUUGAUCAAAAUCCUUACUGUGUUGAAAGUAUAUACCAUUUUCAUAAUAGGUUUACCUUUUCAUAAGAUUGGUUUUCUGAUAGGUAUGUUUAUGAUUUUGUACUAGAACUGGUCCUAAAGAUAAUGUGUAGUAUUGUUUUUCUUCCUUUGUUAAACUUUUCUCUUAUUGAGGGUUAGUAGUCAGUUUUUAAUCCUAUACUUAUAUAGACAUGGAGUUCAGUUAAUACAAGUCAACUGAAAUUAUGGUAAUACAGUGAUAAGAUACACCAUUAACAUAUCGGAAAUUAUAUCACAAUGAGACUUUCAAAUGACAACACAAAUGCCCAUUGUGAUUAGUUCGAUAGCUAUUACGUCAUAAUAAAUUUCUCGGGUGUGUGUUUAUUUUUGAAGCUCUGUUUCUAUUUUCCAAGCAUACUUAUUCAACGAUAUUGUGUUUCAUCUAUUAUGCAGCAGCACAGUACUUUUCAUCAAAGUUAUGAUGUAAUAGCAAUAAUUUCUGCUAUGAAAUAGUGUACUUGGCUUAAAAGCUUGUUGCACUAUAGUGAAAAUGGCUCACUUUUUGGCCACAGCACUUAUCCAGCGCACUUAGUUUUUUGUAAGGCUUCAUAAUCCACCUCAUAACAAAUUUUAUUGUCUAAUUAGAAUUUUACAUUGUAUAAGUUGAACUUAAUUUGAAAUAAUUGUAUGUCACAAUAAAAGCAUGAAUUAUGAGUAACAUUAGAUUUUUUUUGGUUUUAAGAAUAGAUGAAGUUGUAUGUUUUUACAUCAGUUUUCCAACUGACAACAUGGGCCAUUUGACCUGCAGAUAUUGGCUUUGUGACAUCUGUGUACUGUCGGAUGGUAAAAUAUUGAUACUGUUUGAAUAUUUUCAAAAAGGUGCAUCCAAGGAACAUUUUGCUUUAGUGUUCUCAAAAACAAAAGGGUUUGUUGUUUCUGAAGUGUUAUGACUGUCUCAGUUAGCAUGCAGCUAAAAUAUUUGAUCCUGGUGAUGUACAAAUAUGGAUAACAUAUCUUGUUGCACUUAUGUACAUAGUAAAUAUGUAAUAAAGCUGUCUUUAUAUUGUAAAAUGAGCAGCAGAGGUUUUUAAAUAAAAACUAAAUACUCCGUUCAAAGCAUUCUCAUGAGAGAGGCAGUUGUGUGUGAAUUGUAACUCUUUACUGAAAUAUAAUAUAUUUCCUAUUGGAAUACUUAGCAGUUAACACUUAAACUGUAUUUUUAAAAGCUAUAUAUGAAAAUUGUAUGCUGCAAUUUCUGUUCAGGAAUGAACUCUCAAGCCUCCAUUGGGGUGUACUAACAAUAUUUAAUCUCUCAUGCUUGUAGCUUUGAGCAAAAAUAAAAUAUUCAAACCAUAUCAUAAAAGCUUGACAGUCAAACAGCAUCCCUCCCCGGAACAGAACAUUUUAGCCAAACUAAAAGCAAUUUGUGUCCCCUUUAACUCUACCUUAUUUGCAAUUUACUGGAUUGUAAUAUCAAGAAUUAUCUAACGUCACACUAAAGAGGCAUGGAUGUUUGUAAUCAAUACUAUGUAAUUUCUCUGUUUAUUUCACUGAUCAUAAAAUGAUCCAUAGUGUGUUAGGUUGGAAAUAAUCACUUAAGCUCUUUUGGCAAAUGCCUGGAAAGUGUUCAGAUCAAUACUUCACAAAACCAAUUUGAAUUGUACUUGUGACUCCAGCCAAAUAACUUCUCUCGCCGUGAUGUUUGGUGAAUCUUAGCAGUUGAAGAAUGUAAUAGCUGCACUCACACAGGCUGCAGUCUGCAAGCACACAGGCAUAUAUGGAGCACAGUGAUACUUGUGCCACAGGCUUUAGUAAUCUGUCACUUUGCAAUGAAAUUAUUUGUCUGUAUACAACUUGUCCAUUUCUCGGAUGUACCAUACUGACUGACUUUUCACUGUAAUACUGCCAGAUUAUCCUGUUUAUGCUUCAGUUAUGUCAUAUAUUGAAUGAGAUUCACUGUUAUGUUUUUGAAAAUACAUCUAUUUGUUUUAUGACCAUUGAGGGGAAAAUAAAGAAAUAUUUGGGAAAAA